GUUUCACUCCCCGCACGUGACACCGUGUGUGGCACCGAGCGCUCCAGAGCGCGAGCUCAGGGCGCGCGCACCUACAAAUACGGCCACCCAGCUGGCGGCCGGAGAGCGGCCGGAGGCGAGGCCCGGAGUGACCCAGCGGCCCACGACCCCCAGCCCCGGCGGCGCGCGCGUGGCCUGCAGGCUGCGCCCCAGCCCGAGCGCGCGAAGGGCGACCCGCUGGGCGCGGGCCGGGCGUCCAGUGAGCCGCCGCCGGACGGCCCCAGGGGCGCGGAGCAGGAGGAGUUGGAGGAGGAUGAUGCCUUUACGAGCGUGCAGGUGCCAGCGGCCGCCUUCUUGAGCUCCGGGACCCCCGGGACUGGGAGCGGCAGCCGGGGCCGCCUCAACUCGUUCACUCAGGGAAUCCUGCCCAUCGCCUUCUCCCGGCCGACCUCGCAGAAUUACUACGCCCUGGAGCAGCCGGGCCAGGCGGGCAGCACCGGCGCCUGGGAGCAGCUGCAGAGACCAAGACGGCGCCUUAUCUCUCAGAGGUCUUCCCUGGAGACAUUGGAAGAUAUUGAGGAGAAUGCCCCGCUGCGGAGAUGUCGAACUCUCUCAGGUUCGCCCAGACCAAAGAACUUUAAGAAGAUUCAUUUUAUCAAGAACAUGCGGCAGCAUGAUACCAGGAAUGGCAGAAUCGUCCUUAUCAGUGGCAGAAGAUCCUUCUGCAGUGUCUUUUCUGUGCUGCCCUAUCGUGACAGCACCCACUCCGGGGAUUUGAAGUUGGAUGGAGGGAGACAAUCAGCAGGUGCCGUGAGCCUGAAAGAGGUCAUCGGUCUGGAGGGCGUGGAGCUGGGUGCUGAUGGGAAGACAGUUUCCUACACCCAGUUCUUGUUACCCACCAAUGCCUUUGGGGCCCGGAGAAACACCAUCGACUCCACCUCCUCCUUCUCCCAGUUCCGGAACCUGAGCCACCGCAGCCUCUCCAUUGGGCGGGCGAGCAGCACCCAGGGGAGCCUUGACACUGGCAGCGACCCUGGAGACUUCACAGACUAUGACCCCAAUCUCCUGGACGACCCGCAGUGGCCUUGUGGCAAACACAAACGCGUUCUGAUCUUCCCCUCGUACAUGACCACAGUCAUUGACUAUGUGAAGCCCUCGGAUCUCAAGAAGGACAUGAACGAGACCUUCAAGGAGAAGUUCCCACACAUUAAGCUGACACUCAGCAAAAUAAGGAGUCUCAAACGGGAGAUGCGGAAGCUCGCCCAGGAGGACUGUGGCCUGGAGGAGCCCACAGUGGCCAUGGCCUUCGUCUACUUUGAGAAGCUGGCCCUCAAGGGGAAGCUCAACAAACAGAACCGGAAGCUCUGUGCCGGAGCCUGUGUCCUGCUGGCGGCCAAAAUUGGAAGUGACCUCAAAAAGCAUGAAGUCAAGCAUCUGAUUGAUAAACUGGAAGAGAAGUUCCGGCUGCACCGACGAGAACUCAUUGCCUUUGAAUUCCCGGUGCUGGUGGCCUUGGAGUUUGCACUCCACCUGCCUGAGCACGAGGUCAUGCCCCACUACAGACGCCUGGUGCAGCGCCCCUAG